GUUCAUGGACGUAGCACUUGAACAAUGUUUAAAUAAUUCUCAAUUUAUUCUAAAUUGAUUACUGAACCAUGGUCGUGAAUCAAUGUAAAUAAUUUAAGUGGAUAUUUAUUUAUAUUUUAAAUGUAUCGACUGUAAAUUCAGUCCUCUGAUUACAAAAAAAAUGGCAGAAGAAGGAAAGAAGAUUUCCUUUGGCUUCGCGAAGUCUCUUAAAAAACCUGCUUUAAAGAGUAUCGUGCCACAGGAACAAAAAAAGAUCGAUUACAUCGAGUGUCUCGAUGAGAAAAAUAUUAAAGUAAUAGGUAAAGAAGAGAAGAAGGAUGAACCUCUUAUUAUACCUCUACUGGGUUCUAAAACCUGGCACGAUAGGAUUGUCAACAAAAUUGACGCAGACAUUUUUGAACCUAAAGCGAUUAAGGAGGAACCGGUAGAUAUUAAGCAGGAAGAACUGCCAGAGUUGACAAAUGGAAACACAUUGUCAAAAGAUAGUGUAGUAAUCAAGCAGGAAUCUGGAGAGAAUAAUGAAAAUGAAGUUACUUUAGAGGAGCAAGCAGCUAAAGAAAUUAUCGAAGAACUUAAAUCUAACGAGAAACAACAAACUAAAACAAAUUCUUUGACUUUGCCAGUAGUAGAAGAUCAAUCAUUAAGAGGCAAAGAACAGUCUUCGUUAGAAGAUUAUGAAAAAAUUCCUGUAGAUGCUUUUGGAGUAGCAAUGUUACGAGGAAUGGGUUGGCAACCUGGAAAAGGCAUUGGGAAAAAUGAAAAGCUUGUGGCCGCUGUUAUACCAGAAUUACGUCCAAAAGGCAUGGGCCUUGGAGCUGAUAAAGUAACAUCUCAAAAAAACAGUAAAGAUUCUAAAAAACCGGACGAAGAACUCAAAAUUGAGAAGGGAACUUUCGUAAAAAUCAUAGCCGGAAAACAAAGCAAUAAUUAUGGUCAGAUAGAAGGAUUCGAUGACGACGCGGGAAGACUUAUAAUAAAACUGGCUCUGGGAGGAAAUUCUAUAUCCGUCAAUGAAUUCAUGGUGCAGCCAGUCACUAAAUCGGAGUAUUCGAAAAAUGCAAAAGUUCUAAAUACGAAGAAAUAUGAAGAGUAUAAAGAUAAAGAAUCUAAGGAACUCAAGCAUAAAGCAGUUAAAAAGAAACGAUCUUCUUCCGAACAUUCUGAAAGUAGCGACGACGAUGACAGACCUAAUGUUGAUGGAAAAAGAAAGAAAAGUACUAAACAAGAAAAGGACAAACAUAAUAAAAUAGAUGACAAAAAAUCGAAAAGUCGCAAAAGAUACUCGGAAUCCGUGAGUGAUGACGAUGGCACUAGCGAUCAUGGAAAAAAGAAGAAAAAAGAUAGAAGCAGAUCCAGUAGCAGUGAUUCGCACGAAUUAAAAAAAGCGAAAAAGUCUAAGAAGUCAAAAAAACACAAAAAACAAGACAGUUCACCGGAAAGAGCAAGCAAAAAACACAAGAAAAAAGAAGAUCAAGAUCUCGAUCUUCCAACAAACGAUAACACUUUUCGGGAAUGUACUCUAUUAUUUUACUUUCGCGAUGAAUUGUACAAUUUUGUUUAUACACAUUUUGUAAUAAAACUUAUUUUUACAAAAUUAUAUUUUCUUUCUUACCCUUAG